CUCUGUCUCACUCUCUCUCUCUUCCCCCGAGCCCUCUAUCUUUCUCUGCAACUUUGAGUGGUUUGCUCAUAAAGUAACAAGUUACCCGGAAUCUGUGAAACACCAUGACCAUGACCAUGAACCACACAACCAGCAGCAGCUAGGAAACACACACUCUGAAACUUCCACCAUCAGACUGAUCAACACAGUGACAGACCCCAAACACACCCACGCCUCAUUGUCUAACGCUCAGUCUGAGUGAAGGGUUAUUUCAGAGAGCAACUAUAGAAUGUGACUUCCUUUUCAACUAACAUACAGGAAUUAUUUUAUAGAACAGCAGCCCUCAUCAAAAGGAAGUCUCUGCUCUUUCUCUACUCUACUAUUCCUUCUCGGUGUGUAUCGGCUAGUCAACUGCUAGCUAGCUACCAGUGACAGUGCUAGAUAAGGACAUCAGCCAGAGGAAACAGUCAAAGCCUUACAGAGAUGUCUGGUGGUCCCUUCUCCUGCUUCUCCAAACAGGGAAUACUACUUCUCCUAUUCUCCAACCUCCACUAUGGUUUAGGUGUUCAUCUGAUCAUCAACAAGAGAGUGGGGGACUCCGUGGAGCUGCUGGCAGGCUUAGAGAGAGGACAUUUCAAAUCAUUGGAGUGGAAGUAUAUGGGAAAGGAUAUUAUAGAAUUCAACUCAGAAGUUGUAUAUUCACCUGGAUCCCAGUUUGAGGGGAGACUAAAGAUGAACACCAAAAACUUCAGUUUAACAGUCAGAGAACUGACACUGCAAGACUCAGGGGAUUUUAUACUUACAGGAGAAGAGGACAAAGGUCAGAUUGACAGUAAGACCAUCACUCUGAAGGUCCACGAGCCUAUAUCCAAGGUGGCGAUCCAGACAGACAUCAAGCGAUUGGCCAACCACUCCUGUACGGUACGGCUGGUGUGCAACGUGUCCUGCUACUCCAACAUUACCUACACCUGGGAGAGAGACAAUGAGAUCUACGGGGACGCCCAGCAGAUUUACUUCUCUCUCUCACCAGCAGAGAGAGACAUCAGUGUAAAGUGCAACGCCUCCAACCUAGUCAGUUGGAAAACUGCCUCUACGACAGUAAAGUGUAGUAAUGACACAACCGCCCCAGGACUGGUGUGGUUUACCAUCUACAUCGGAGUAUCAGUAGGAGGCGCUGUGGUGCUGAUCCUCACUGUAGCAGUGGCAGUGUGCUACUGCAGGGGCCGAAUUAACACAGCAGAUCUAACUGACAACACAAUAUAUGCUGAUGUUAUGAUCAAAACAAGAAGUAGAGAUACAAGAUCAAACAGUCAUGUAAACCCAAUAUCCAUCUAUGAAACUGUCAAUGAUCUGGUUAUCCCAAGAUUGAACAAGCCGCAGACUCUGUAUGCCAAGAUCGCAGUUGGACGCCCAGAAGGGUCCCUCCUCUCCCUACCAGAAAGUACUGUGAGCUGAACAGGAUGUGUUCAUAGGCUGGGCCUUCCAUAGAUAUGGAACCCUCUGCAUGCUCUGCAUCUUACACGUGUUUAUUCUGAAGAUAGGCCUAGAUGUAACUGUCUAUUUGCUUACUUUUACUUCCUUCUCCCUUUGAUGAUUCUCAUAUAUACAGUAUGUCAUAAGGCCUUAGGCCUU